AUGAAGGAUCAACCAAAUUCUGUAAAUUUUCCUGAAACCGAUGAUGGAAGAACGUAUCAUUUUGGAGUUAAACGCGGUGAAGUCGCGAAUCGAAUCAUAACGGUUGAAGAUCCUUCAAAAGCAUUGACGAUAGAAAAAUUAUUAGAUCGAAAUCCGAAACCGUAUAUAUUUAAUUCAAAGAGAGGUUUCUUAACAAUAACAGGACGUUAUAGGAGUAUCCCUAUUAGCAUAAUCUCUAUAUAUCAUGGAUUUGCUAUGAUGGACCUUUUCAUAAGAGAAGCCCGACAUGUUGUUGACGGACCUUUGGUUAUUAUUCGAUUAGGAACUUGUGGUUCAAUAGGAAGUCCAAGUAUAGGAGAUAUCAUGAUACCGACCGGAUCAUUCGCCGUAACAAAGAACUACGAUUAUUUCAUUCAUGGAAUUGAUACAAAAGAUGCCUUCCCUAUCGUAGAUAAUCCUUAUAAUAUAUCAAAAAUCACUUAUUGUGAUCGGGAAAUGUGUGAAAUGUUACAAAAAGAGCUAGGAAAAUUCAUGACGAAGAUGCCAAUAUUUACCGGAAUAAAUGCUUGUACAGAUAGUUUUUAUUCAUCGCAAGGACGACUCGAUGAUAAUUUUCUUGAUGAAAAUCAUGAAGUACUCUCAUCAAUAUUUCAAAAAUAUCCAAAUGCUCAGACAAUGGAUAUGGAGACAUUUACGUUGUAUCAUUUAUCAAAUGUCAGUUUAUCGUCAUCAAUACCUCCUCAACCGCAACAAGUGCAUUUACCACAAUCAAAGCAACUCAAUUCACCUUUCUUACAGGCGAAUAAUUCUUCGCAAAUAUCCCUUGGAAGAAAGUCCCUUUGUAAUACCCCACAAAGGAUGUCUUUUGAUCUUUCAACCAAGCAAAGGCAUUCAAUGGAUGUAUCAAGAAGAAUGAAUAAUACCUUUUCCGUAUCAAAAAAUAAUAAUUUAAAUGUUCAUCAACCUCAUAGACAUCAUUUAAAUAAUAGUUCAACCAAUUUAAACUCUUAUAAUCAGAUAGAUCAAUAUACUGUGACCAAUAGUAUAAGGUCAACUGCCGUUCUAAUUGUGUUUAAUGAUAGGAAAACCAAUGAAUCGAUUUCUGAAGAUACGGUAAAUUUAUUGGAACCUUGGUGUAGCGAAGCCUGUUUAAAUACCUUAAUGAGGAUUGAGGUUAUAGGAUCUCAUGAAGAAGAAGGAAGUGUUUGGAGUUAUAAAUUGACUGAAAAAAAAAGUCAAAAAAAGGGAAGUAAAAUUGUUAGGAUGAUCAAAAGGAAAUUGUCUGCGUAG